AUGGAUUUUGUUCUAAGUUUCCAAAAUAUCACAACAAUAGUAUUUCUUUUUCUACUAUUCCUACUUUCUUUUUUCCAUUUUCGUCCUUCCAAAGUUCUUAACAAGGGUAAAGAACCUCCCAUGGCCUCAGGUGCAUGGCCUAUACUAGGUCAUCUCUUAGUAUUAGCUAGUUCUAAAACUCCACAUAAAACCUUAGGCACCAUGGCUAACAAAUAUGGACCCUUAUUCACCAUAAAACUUGGCACUAACCAUGCUUUGGUACUAAACAAUUGGGAAAUGGCAAAAGAAUGUUACACCAUAAACGACAUCGCAGUUUCGUCUCGUUCGAAACUCGUUGCAAUUGAACAUAUAGCUUAUAAUCAAGCUAGUUUUGGUUUUGCCCCGUAUGGUUCUUAUUGGCGCGAAAUGCGCAAAAUUGUUAGUAUAUUUCUUUCGAAUCGUCGAAUGGAACAACUAAGUCAUGUUCGAGUUAUUGAAGUUAAAACUUCUAUUAAAGAGCUUUUUAAUGUUUGGUCUAGCACAAAGAAUGAUUCUGGAUACUUGUUGGUGGAGAUGAAGCAAUGGUUCACCAAGUUGGUAUUCAAUAUAGUUUUUCAAACUAUGGCUGGGAAGAGAUAUUUUGGUGACACAGCAGUGGUAAAAGAGAAAGAGGCACAAAAAGUUGUGGAGGCUUUAAGGAAAUUCAUGCAUAUGUUAGGAGUAUGUACAAUGGCUGAUGCUAUUCCAAUUCUAAGAUGGAUGAAACUAGGAGUGAAAGCAAUGAAAGAAACUGCCAAAGAAUUGGACAUAGUUUUAGAUGAUUGGUUAGUGGAACAUCAUAAGAUGAAAGGUUUGGUUGAAAAGGUUGAAAGUGACCAAGAUUUUAUGGACAUGAUGAUUUCAGUGCUUGAUGGUGCCACAAUCAAUGGGUUUGAUGCUGAUACCAUAAACAAAGCAACAACAUUGGCAUUAAUAUUGGGAGCAACUGAUACAAGCACAGUUACCCUAACAUGGGUAAUUUGUUUAUUGUUGAAAAAUCCCCAUGCAUUAAAAAAAGUGAAAGAAGAACUCAACAUUCAUAUUGGAGAAGAAAGAAUCAUAAAUGAAUCAGACAUCAAGAAAUUGGUAUAUCUUCAAGCAGUAGUCAAAGAGACGCUAAGGUUAUAUCCUCCAGGUCCUCUUUCCGCGCCUCGCGAAUUCACAGAAGAUUGUACUUUAGGUGGUUAUCAUAUCAAAAAAGGAACUCGAUUAAUCACAAAUCUUUGGAAAAUUCAGACUGAUCCAAGUAUUUGGCCGAAUCCGUUAGAGUUUAGGCCAGAACGAUUUCUUACUACUCAUAAAGAUGUUGAUGUUAAGGGUCAAGACUUCGAGUUGUUACCAUUUGGGAGUGGUAGAAGGAUAUGUCCGGGAAUAUCCUUUGGUCUUCAUAUGAUUCAUUUAACUUUGGCUAAUUUUUUACACUCGUUUGAAAUCUCGAAUGGAUCUAGUGAACCUGUUGAUAUGAGUGAAGUUCUUGGAAUGACCAAUGAAAAAGCUACACCACUUGAGAUUAGGGUUAAACCAUAUUUUUCUUCUAAGUAUUAUGAAACAUUGUGAUCAAAUGAUUAUCUCAUUAUGUUCUGUAGCAUAGUCUAUAAUUUGUAUGUUAAAGUAUCAAAUAUUGAUUACUUGAUUCAAACUAUGCCGCUGCAUUUCAAAUCUGUGAACAUGGAAGUAAAUUCCAAAUGGUGCCUGGAAUCUUUUGGAGAUGCAGGAGAGUUGCUUGAAAUUGUCAUGACUGGUCUAGAUAUGUAGAAAUCAG